AUGGACCAAGGGCUAAAAAGAUGGAAUUCAGAUAAUCCGUGGACGGGCUAUUCACCGGUUUUAGUUGCGUGGACAGUGAACGUGGAAAAGAAUCUUUUUAUCCGCCUACUACUCCAGGGACAUAAUUUGACAAUGGCAGAUAGAAAUGUCACUUUGAUCAAAGACUUAGACAAUAUGAGGGAUGAUUACACACUAAAAGUGUGUAUCAUCCGGCUGUGGAGAUCAUUAUCCGAAGUUAACCCCACUAUUGUCAAAUCACUUGAAAUGAUAUUAAUGGAUGAGAUGGGUACAAAAAUCCGAGCAAGUGUCUACCCAAGAGAUUUCCAAAGGUUUGAGUCCAAACUGAAAGAAGAUCAAGCUUUUUACAUCCGAUCCCCCACUAUAGCUCCAAACAGAUACACUUUUAAAAUAAGUGAUGUAAUCUCCAAGUUAAACUUGCAUGGACGAACAACUGUUCAUGAGUGUCUAACUUUUCAAUCCAAAACAACAUAUGACUUUUCUUGUGUAUCGUUUGAAAGCAUUAUUUCUGCAACAGCUACAUCUAAUAACUCAAUUGAUGUUAUUGGUGAAGUUGUUUCAUUAGGAAAGUUUGAUUCCCGUGAUGUCAGCAAAUCCAAACAUAGGCUAACUUUACAAAUCAGAAACUUAGAAGGUUUGCAGGUUAACGUCACAUUGUUUGGAGAUAUUGCAUACCAAUUGAUUUCUUAUCUUGAAGCUCAUAAACAAGUUGGUCGUGUGGUUGUUAUUUUGCAGUUUGCAAGACUUAAUGUCUAUAACGGAAUACCUUCCGUUAACAGUUAUUUUGAACACACACGGAUGUUCAUAAAUGUUGAUCUUCCCGAAAUUGUUACAUUCACAGAUAGUUGGUUGGAUUACGAGGACUUCAAAAUCCUUCUUCUUCUUUGA